AUGUUAAAUAUUCUAAUAGAAAAUAAAUAAAUUAGGACAAUACAUUUUGAGAAUUUUGGUUAUAUCUUAUAAUAUUUUUUUAAAUAUUAAAUAAAAAAUUUAUAUAUCAAAAAAUGUACGCAACUGACAAAAUAUGUUUAUUUUAUAGAAUAAAGCAUAGGUUUUUUAACUUAAUUGAAUAAAAUUAAUUAUUAAAUUUUGUUUAUUGUAAAUCGAAAUAUCAUUUUACUCUAAAUAAAAAAAUUUAAAUAAUUUAUAUCUAAUUAAAUAAAUAGUAAAUUGAUAAUUACAACCUAUUGCAAAAAAAAACAAAUGUUAUUAUAAAAAAAAUACUUUACAAAUAUCGAAGAUUUUUUAAGCUCUUCGUUUUAAUCUUGCUUUGAGCUCCAAAUUAAUCUAAAUUAUAAUUAAAUUGAGGCAUCAUAGAGCGUGUUAGAUUUAGGAUCAGCGUUAAAAAAUUACACUAAUCUCUUAGUUUUAACAAUAAAUCUACGUAGCAGCAAAAUUGGUGCACAUGGGGCAUCAAACUUAGUUUCUGCUUUAGGAAACUGCUUUAAUUUAUUAACCUUGACACUUGAUCUUGGGUAUAAACAGUUUUUUGUUUUAAAUAUAUUUAUUUAUCCAUUUUAUAUUCUGUACUUAUUUAUUUUUUGA